CCUUCGUUUUGAUUUUAGGUUACACAGCUUGGUGGAGACUGAUAUCGGGGAGCCAUUUAUGAAACUCAGAAUUCCUAUUUCUUUCACUUCUCUCGGAAUUCCGUUGAUUUAUGCCGCAGUAGAGUCCUCCGGAUCAGUCUCGCCACUGUAUUAGGCUAACAACUUCUCUUCCUCGCGCUGUGCGUUCCUUCUUCUCUGUUUCUCUUCCUCUGCUCCUCUUCUCACUUCUCACCUCAGUUUUGCGCCGUUCGUCUCCUCCUCGCCGUCUGUUUUCCUCAUCUUCUCCUUCCGACUUCUGACGGCCAUCCUAACAGGGCCAAUAUUAUCAAGCUUUGGAUUGGAAUGAAGAAAUACAGUAGUUCUGUUCCUAGCUCUGGCAAACAGAUCGUGGAGGAAGAAAGUGAAGAUCUUGAAUCUUCUUCCUCAGAUGAAUCUCUUGACUCGGAAGAGGAGAAUAUAGAGCGUGAGCUUGCAGAUGUAACUUUUGAAGAGUUACAAAGGGCACGGUCUGAUGGAUCACAUUCCAUGUACCAAAAGACCAAACAAGAGAAGAAAAGUGGGCGGGCGAACAAGAACAGGCCAAUGGAGGUUAGCAGCAGGAAACCAGUUAGUAGGUUUAGGGAGGUCAUUCAGGCUCCUAAAAAUAUGGUACGUGAUCCACGUUUUGAAUCUUUAUCUGGUACUCUUGAUGCUGAUGGAUUUAAAAAGAGAUAUAGUUUCAUAUACGAGAAAACUCUUCCAGCUGAAAAAGAGGAACUGAAAAAGCAGUUAAGGAAAACAAAUGAUCCAAAUGUUGCUGAAGAACUAAAAAAGCAAUUAUCUUGGAUUGACAAGCAAUUCAAAUCCGACUCCACAAAACGUGUUGAUGCUGCAAUUCUGGCCAAACAUAAGAAGAAAGAGAGAGAAGCAGCCAAACAUGGGAAAAAGCCCUUCUAUCUUAAGAAAUCUGAAAUUCGAAAGCAAAGGCUUGUCGAAAAAUACACCAAUCUUAAGUCCACUGGGAAGCUUGAUGCUUAUGUGGAAAGAAAGAGGAGGAAGAAUGCUGCAAAGGAUCGUAGAUACAUACCAUAUCAAAGGUCUAGUAAGCUUGAUGAGCAAGAUUGAAGGAGGUUCAUGUUCCAUAUGUUUUUAAAUUUAACCUCACCCAAGAUUUUACUUUUCAUUUCUUAGGCUAUUGCAGAAGCAGAAUAGAAAAGAGAUUAUUUUUAAUUUGUUAUAAUGUCAUGUAUUGCUUGAUAUGUAAAUCUGAUGCAAGAUUCCAAAAUAUUUGAAAGAACUUGCUUUCUUUUAGUUUCAUUCUUUUUAUUCA